GGAAACGUAAAUUAAACGCCACAGUCCACCGACCAACUGAAUUCCAAGACCUUUACUAAAAAGCGUAUUCUUUUCCCUGAUCAUACUCUGCGUUGUGUUGCGUUGCGUUGCCUUGUUCAAUUUCUCAGGUCAAAAAAGGUUGAUUGUGGUUGAAGAAGAAGAUGUGGGCUGCUUCCUGCCUUGCAUCGUGCUGCGCAGCCUGCGCUUGCGAUGCCUGCCGCACUGUGGUGUCCGGAAUUAGCAGACGCUCGGCCAGGAUUGCAUACUGUGGUCUCUUUGCGCUUUCCCUCAUUGUUUCGUGGAUCCUUCGCGAGGUUGCCGCUCCUCUGAUGGAGAAGAUCCCUUGGAUCAAUACUUUUCAUAAAACACCUGACAGGGAGUGGUUUGAAACUGAUGCUGUGCUGCGGGUUAGCCUUGGGAAUUUUCUAUUUUUCACCAUUCUUUCAAUUUUAAUGGUUGGUGUGAAAAACCAAAAGGAUCCCCGUGAUGGUUUGCACCAUGGUGGAUGGAUGGCUAAAGUAAUCUGCUGGUGCCUUUUGGUUAUUUUUAUGUUUUUCCUUCCAAAUGAGAUUGUCAACUUCUAUGAGUCAAUAUCGAAGUUUGGCUCGGGACUGUUUCUCCUAGUUCAAGUUGUGCUUUUACUGGACUUUGUUCAUGGAUGGAAUGAUAAAUGGGUUGGAUAUAAUGAGCAAUUUUGGUAUGUUGCUUUGUUAGUCGUUUCACUUGUUUGUUAUGUGGCAACAUUGGCCUUCUCGGGACUUCUUUUCCACUGGUUCACACCAUCUGGCCAGGAUUGUGGGCUCAACACCUUCUUCAUUGUCAUGACCCUGAUUCUUGUGUUUGUUUUUGCAAUAGUUGCUUUGCAUCCUGCGAUUGGUGGCAGCAUUUUGCCAGCCUCAGUUAUAUCGUUGUAUUGCAUGUACCUAUGCUACAGUGGACUUGCUAGUGAACCAAGAGAUUAUGAAUGCAAUGGUCUUCACAGGCAUUCUAAAGCAGUUUCCACCGGCACCCUUACAGUUGGGCUGCUUACAACUGUUCUGUCAGUUGUCUAUUCUGCUGUUCGAGCUGGGUCUUCCACAACUCUGCUUUCACCACCUAGCUCACCUCGUGCAGGGAAGCCCUUGCUUCCAUUGGACAAGGCUGAUGAGAAAGAGGAGAAGGAGAGCGCCAAGCCAGUCACAUACUCGUAUUCCUUCUUCCACAUCAUCUUUUCACUCGCAAGCAUGUACUCAGCAAUGCUAUUGACGGGGUGGUCAACCUCGGUUGGGGAGAGUGGGAAGUUGGUAGAUGUGGGGUGGCCAUCCGUGUGGGUUCGAAUUGUAACUGGAUGGGCAACCGCAGGUCUCUAUAUCUGGUCUCUGGUUGCUCCUGUUCUGUUCCCGGAUAGGGAAUUUUAACUCUGGAGAAAAAGAUAAUUUGGAUAUUGACAUUGUCAAGGUAUCUUACCCUCUUGUAUAUGUAGGAUGCACCUCAUUAGGGUGCUGGCUUAUGGUGUGCUGUAAAAAGUAAAACAUGUGUGCUGCUCUACAGAACUUCGUAAAGUCGAAUUUGCUACAUAUAUUAUCUGUAUGUGUGUCUCUUGAAUGUUCAACAAUC